AUGCUGCGGCUGGCACGGCGGCGGCUCGCCCCCUCCGCCUGCGCCGCGCGCGACGACGCCCUCGAGGAGCGCAUCAUCUCGGCGCUGGUGGUCAACCGCCCGGGCACGCUGGCGCAGAUCGCGGACGUGUUCGGCUACGCGGACCAGAACAUCACGGGCCUCUGCCUGCCGGCGCUCAAGAAGCGGCUGCGCGCGCUGGUGGCCGUCACCUUCUUCCACCUCACGACCGUCAACUUCUGCGUGGCCAACGACCAGCUGCUGCUGCGCUCGCAGUUGCUGCUGCAGAUCCGCCGCGACCCGCGCCGCCAGCCGCAGCUGCUGCGCAUUCUCAACGAGUUCGACGCCGAGCUCAUCGUCCCGCACGACGAGCAGGACGCCGACAGCGACGAGCCGCUCGUGGCCUUGGACGACGAAGGCGCGGACUUUGACGACGAGGACGGCGUCCCGUUCUCGCACAGCAGCGCGGCCUCCGCGACGCAGUUCCUGACGCUAGCGGACGAGCCCAACAAGGUGAUCCGCUUCAUGGGCGCGCUCACGGAGGAAGGCUUCCAGAUCCUCGAGACGCAGACGUGCGGCCCCGUGUUCCUCGACACGUCGCACUCGACGCUGGACCCCGAGAGCGCGUACUCGUUCCGCCGCAAGGUCGCGUCCGAAGUGGAGAACCUGCUCGUCGUGCCCACGGACAACGAGUCCACCACCGCUGACCCUGCAAAAACGGAGAGCGAGAUCCAAGGCGGCGGGGCCCAUGUGAGUGAAGGCACCGCGUCCGUGCUCCGACAGCUCAACAAGAACGCAGACCCGACGGUGAUGAGCGCCGAGGCAGAUCCGCUUGACGCCGACGUCAUGACCGCGCUGCCGCCCACUUCAACCUUCCAGCUGCAUACGAACGACCAAGGCUACUUCUCACCGCAGCGACUGCGGCUGCACGCCCGCAUCGCGCAGCAGCUGUACUCGUCCGCCCCGCAGGACUUGACGACGCCCAAGUUUGUGCUCCUGCUGGGGAUUCCUGGGUCCGGGAAGUCCACGAUGCUCAGUCAUCUGGACCUCAUGGGCCAGCUCACACUGCAAGACUUUGUCAACUUUGACGUUGACGAUGUCAUCGCGCUACUCCCAGAGUUCUAUCAUGCCAUGCUCAACGUGGGACUGGGCAAUGAGCCGGAGAGCCGCAGUGUGACCGACCCCAACGCCGCCGAAGUUAUCUCCAAGCCCCACGCCAAAUUGCUGCCAGGCCCGCAGACGCGCUAUCAGCUCUGUCGAGACGAAGCGCGCUUCAUUCUCAAGAAGAACCUGCACAGCGCCAUCAUGUCGCGCAAGAACAUUAUUCUCCACGGCAGCGGCAAGAGUUUCACCAGCUACGCCCGCACUAUCGACCAAGUCAAGGCUGCGGGUUUUGACGUCCACGUGAUCUGCUUGGACAUCCCCAUAACGGAGGCUUACAAGCGCGUGGACAAGCGCAGCAGCGGCUACGGUCGAGACGUGCCCCGGUCCGUCAUCGAUGCGGCGUCCUCGUUGAUCACACGCAACUUCCGUCGACUAGCGAGUCGAGUGCCCAACGCCCAUCUCUUCGACAGCAUGGGCAUCCCGCCGCGGCUGGUCUGGAGCAAGCAGCGCUCGGAGAUCGUGACAGAGCACCCGGACGACACUGUACAGCGCAAGUAUGGCAUCAAGUAG